GAACAAACCCAGGAAGUGUUUCAGCUGCGUGACGUGAAUACCGGAGGUAAGCGCUCGUCACAUUUUACCGGAUAAACGGAGAUUUUCUGUUUGUUUCCUUGUCACCGUUCUGACGGAGGAGUCGACGCUCCGCGCCCUGCGUGUACUUCCUGUGUACUUCCUGUGACCUCUGACCUUGACGAUGGUGCUGAGAGAGGUCCCGGCUGAAAACAUCGCCCGUCCUCUGGGCAGGAAUGAGGUCAUCGGCCUGCUCUUCCGCCUCACCAUAUUCGGAGCUGUCACCUACUUCACCAUCAAGUGGAUGGUGGACGCCAUCGACCCCACCAGGAAGCAGAAGGUGGAGGCUCAGAAACAGGCUGAGAAGCUGAUGCGUCAGAUCGGAGUUAAAAACGUGAAGUUGUCUGAAUAUGAGAUGAGCAUUGCCGCUCACCUGGUCGACCCGCUCAGCAUGCAGAUCACAUGGAGGGACAUUGCUGGUCUGGACGAGGUGAUCACAGAGUUAAAGGAGACAGUCAUCUUACCUGUUCAGAAGAGACACCUGUUCCAGGGAUCCAGACUGCUGCAGCCCCCCAAAGGCGUGCUGCUGUAUGGACCCCCUGGCUGCGGUAAAACGCUGAUCGCCAAGGCAACGGCCAAAGAGGCGGGGUUUCGUUUCAUCAACCUGCAGCCGAGCACGCUGACGGACAAAUGGUACGGAGAGUCCCAGAAGCUGGCUGCUGCUGUCUUCACAUUGGCCGUCAAACUGCAGCCGUCAAUCAUCUUCGUCGACGAGAUAGACUCGUUCCUGAGGAGUCGGUCCAGUUCAGACCAUGAAGCCACGGCCAUGAUGAAGGCUCAGUUCAUGAGUCUGUGGGACGGACUGGACACAGACCACCACUGUCAGGUGAUCAUCAUGGGAGCCACUAAUCGUCCUCAGGACCUAGACUCUGCUAUUCUGAGGAGGAUGCCCACCAGGUUCCACAUCAACCAGCCUAGUGUGAGGCAGAGGGAGCAGAUCCUUAAACUCAUCCUGGAGAACGAGAGCGUGGACCUGUCAGUGGACCUCAUCGACGUUGCCAAGGAAACAGACGGUUUCUCAGGAAGUGACCUCAGAGAGAUGUGCCGCGACGCCGCACUGCUCUGUGUCCGAGACUUCGUCCAUAAUCAGAACGACAGUCCAUCAGAGGACUUCAUCCGUCCGAUUCAUCAGUCCGACCUUCAGAAGGCAAUCAGUAAGAUGAAGAAAUCUAAGAUGGCGGGCACCCAAAGCGCUUUGCUGCACGCCGCUCUGGACUGAACACGCGCACGCACACGCACACACACACACACACACACACACACACACUGAUCACUUGACAGUCACAUGGUGACCUCAUGAUGACCUCAGCCUGCAGUUGCGGGUUCGAUUCCCGACCCGUUCAUCAGCUCAGUGCGUUUUUACCGACCUGUUGUCUCUACGUGUGAAAUGUGCCACUUCCUGUUUCUGUUUUUGUUUACAUCAGCUGAUCAUGCUGCUGAUGUCCAACAGAGAUAAAAAAAAAAAAAACAGUAGCAGAUUUCAGUUUGUAACAGAGCGAGUCCCCGCUGCUGUUUUUACACUGUAAAUAAAAUCCACCAAAUAAAGUUUGUUUUUAACGAUGAAAUCAGAGACGGGAGGAACCGACCAGAGAACUACAGUACCCAUGAGCCUCAGCAGCUGUUCCUAUGGAGACGGCUCCCUACAUUGUAUUUAAUGUCUGAGGUUCUCCAUUGAGUUUUACAGAGAUGCACCUGUUACACCUUCAGAACAACUUUAAUUGUGAAAAUCCUCCUUCCCAGAGCUCUGUAACUUCCUGUAAUUUCGCAGUUUCCUGGAAACUAAGUUAGGUAAAAUCAGAUGUUAUUAAUAAUUAAAACAGAAACGUGUUCAGUUACAUCUUCACUCUGGUUUAAAAUAAUUUUUGUUUUUCUUGACAUUAGCAUAAAAUUCUGAACUAAACCAAACGUGGUUAAAGGUCAUCUGAUGAUUCAGGAUUAUAAUUAAAGGUCCAGUCUGGAGGAUUCACUGACAUCUAGUGGUGAAGUGUCAGAUAUCAACCAACUGAAACUUUUCCCAUCUACUGAGUGUGUCGGAGAACGAUGUGAACACAUGAACAUCUCUGACAUCAGACGCUCCUGAAUCCAACACACAGGACCUUUAUAUAAUAUUAUUGGCUAAAUAAUGGAGAUGGGUUUUAUUAAGAGUAGAAUAAAUAAGUAGAGUAAAAUAAAUGAAUGUGUCAUCUUUUCAAAACUUUAGAUUUAUUUUACACUCCAUCAUUUAACAAACAGUAUUUUAUAUUUUUGUCCCAUUGGAUGAGCUUAUACCACAGUUCCUCAGCUUCAUGCCAAAUUACUGAUUUAAUACCAGGAAUUUAUUUAGAAAUCUGAGGAACGGACGGACCUGAGAAGUCGAGUGACACUUCAUUUUAUGGGACAGUGAUUUCCUAAAAAUUUCUAUAGGGUAUUUCCUUUAAAGAAGUUUGUGCAUUAUUUACUAAUGAUAGAGAAAAAAUGGGAAUUUCAUUGAAAGAAAAAACUCUUAUUUAAAACCCAAAUUAUUAAUUGGAAACUUUAGUAUUUAUUGUUUAUUAAAAACUAUUCAUUACUUUGUUUAUUAUUUUCAUCAUUGUUUAAACUGGCCAGAUUUCUGCAUGUUCAGCAGACCUGUUGUGCUCUGACUUGAAGACAUUAUAUUAGCUAUUAAUUACAAUUAAUUAAUCGUAAGGGAACUGAUUGAAUCUAUAAAUUGAAGUGUAAGUUGUUGGAAUAAUAUGAAAAAAAAAUAGCAUGUAACACAGUUCUUUUUGGGAACUGUCCAAAUCAUUAGGAAGUGACUGAGCUGUUAAAUGAAGCGUCGCCUUGAUGUUUACAAUGAAAAACUAAAAUUAAAUACAAAGAACGAGUCUCCCCUGCACAGUGACUUUCAUCUGUUUCAUAAAGUGUACUUUAUUAUUUUUAUUAUUUUUAUUCUGAUGUUUGAAUGUGGAGAAGAACUGAACUGUGGUUUCUAGUUGUGACAGAUGGUAAAGUGUCAAAUAGGAAUUAUUUCCUCCAUCAAUUCAUCAUUUAGUUCAUAAAUUUAUUGGACAAAUUGAAUUGUCUGUAAACCGCAGUCAGUUCUAAUACAGGAUGACUUCUUUCUUUUUUUUUUUUUUUUACAGUGUAGAGUUAUUGCCUGUUAAGAUAUGAUGUGCAAACUGCUGGAUGAUGAAAUAAACUUGUCAAAACAUGAGAAACAUGUUUAUGUCAGUGUUGUCUGAAGCAAAUUUAAUAUUCAGUUCUGUCUGUUAUUAGAAUGAAAAUUCUCAAAUCU